UCAAUAACACCGUCUAAAGGGAACACUGGGUGUGCAAGGUUACCACCAACACUAUAAAUGCACUAACAAUUCCCUAUCUUUAUCACUUGCUCAGCUAGAACACAACCAUGAACUCCUUGACCGCUGUAAUCCUCUUGGUAACCGUUGCCGCCGCCAGCGCUAGUGGUCUUCUGGGUCACCAUGGGGUCGUGAUCGCCCACGACAUCCAUGGUGUUCCCGGAACCGUCACCGGCUUGGGAGCUCCUGCUGUCUUGUCAGGACCCGCAGGAACGGUAGUCAGAGGCGGAGUUGCACCAGCUCCUGCUCUGGUUGCAGGACACGGAGUUGGUGUUGUAGGCCAUGCCGGGAUUAUCGGGCAUGCUGGUAUCAUUGGCCAUGGUGGGCUUGUCGCCGGACAUGGGCUUCUGGGACAUGGGCUGAUUGCGCCAGGUUCUGGGUUGGAGGGACAAUGGAUCCCGGACAUCAACGAGAAAUUGUACGAUGAUGGGUCUUACAAACCACACAUCUACGGACAUUAGGUUCCAGUGUGGGUCUAGUUUUAGGGACUGCUGUCCCAUGUGUUCAUCUCUCUCUUUUACAUUAAUUCUUCCUUCCUCUGUCUUUUGCGUUUUUUCCGAAUAAAAAAAAAGUAAACCUGGA